AUGUUGGACGUUGCGCUAAAUGAAAUUAAAGGCGAUGGAAGAAUUGAAAAAUGUGUCAUUAAAUUCAGUGCAAAGCCUCAAAACAACAAAACAAAAUUUAAUCUCCUUGACUUGAAUGCAAUAAAACAAUCUAAAAGUCUUUUGGGUUUAUCAGAGUUCAAGAUUCAUGUUAAAGUGUUAAAAGAAUUUUCCACUUCCACACUAGAUGAUUAUUAA